AUGGAAGAUCAAAAUAUUAUUUAUGGAGGUGAUUUGGAAAAUUCUGAAGCAUUUACCUUUGCAUCAUUAGGAGAAAUGAUAAUUGAAAAUUUAAAGAGAAAUGGAGAGAAGAGAAAUUUUAUUGAAGGAACAACAGGGAGAACUUUUAGUAACAAUGAAAUUGUCGAGAGUAGUGUUAAAAUUUCAAAAGCUCUUUACAAUAUAGGAAUAAAAGAAAAUGAUGCUGUUGCAAUAAUUUCUGAAAAUUGUACCGAUUUCAUCUCAAUAGUGUUUGGAACAUGGUUUUUAAAUGCUGUUUCGACUCCAAUUAAUGUUACUUAUACAGAACGAGAACUCAAGCACGCUCUUCAAUUAUCAAAACCUAAAGUGAUAUUUGCAUCAUCAGCUGCUUUGAAAAAUGUCAUUUCUGCCUGUAAAGAAUUGUCAUUUGUAAAAUAUUUAAUUCAUCUUGAUGAACAAAAUUUGAAAGAAAAUUUAAAUAACUUUCGAGGAUUUAUUAACACUCAUUCAAAAAAUUCAUUUGAUGUCUAUCAGCAUGUAAAAUGUAAAGUUAACACAAAGGAUAAAACUUCAGUAAUAUUUCUUUCAAGUGGAACAACAGGCUUGCCAAAAGGUGUCGAAAUCACUCAAAGAAACAUAAUGGAAGUAAUGCAGGGUUACAGUGAGAGUAUUAAUGAGUACAAAAAGGUUACAGAAAGAUUAGCCUCGCUUGCAAUUGCACCUUGGUUUCAUGUUCUAGGACUUGUGAAUGUUGUUAUAACGAUUCUGACUGGUCAAAGCACUGUAGUCUUUUUACCAAAGUUUAUUCCUGAAUUAUACUUAAAGAGCAUCGAGAAAUUUGAAAUAACCAUUUUGAUUGUAGCGCCACCAAUUGUUGUUUUCUUAGCCAAAACUCCGCUAUUUCAUAAAUAUGAUCUGUCUAGUUUGAAAGCUAUCUAUUGUGGUGCUGCUCCUCUUUCAAGUCACACAGAAGAAGAACUUAAAAAGAGGUUCAAAACUAAAAUUUUCAUAAUGCAAGGAUAUGGUAUGUCAGAAACAACUUAUAGUAUAAUAGGAUCUCCGCAAGAAUUGAAACCUGGAAGUAUUGGACAUGUUUUAAAAGGCAAUUAUGCUAAAGUUAUUAAUGAAAAAGGAAACUCACUUGGACCAAAUCAACGUGGAGAAUUGUGUUUUAAAGGAUUAAGAAUUAUGAAAGGGUACUUAAAUAAUCCUAAGGCAACAGCUGAAACAAUUGACAAAGAUGGCUGGCUUCAUACUGGAGAUAUCGCAUAUUAUGAUGAGGAUAAACAAUUCUAUAUAGUUGAUCGCUUGAAAGAAUUAAUUAAAUAUAAGGCAUUUCAAGUGGCACCAGCUGAACUUGAGGGUCUUCUCCUUUCAAAUCCAAAAAUUAAGGAUGCUGGUGUAAUUGGUAUACAUGACGAAUUAGCAGGAGAACUUCCAUUUGCUUUUGUUGUUAAGCAGCCAGGAGCUGAUUUAAUAGAACAAGAAGUAAACGAUUUUGUAGCGGAAAAUGCAAGUAAUGCGAAAUGGCUUCGAGGAGGUGUCAAGUUUGUCGACGAAAUUCCAAAAAAUCCAAGCGGGAAAAUAUUACGAAGAGAACUAAGAGAGUUGUUUAGAAAUACUCGAUCAAAGCUCUCUCUGCCAAACUAG